AUGAAUCCGUUGGUAGCACUGGCAGGCAUUGCUGCACUCACUUCCAUUGCAGCAGCACAAGCGACAAACACCACAUACAAUGUCAUUGCGCCUGUCGUUCUAGGACAGUCUGUUGGUGUCAUGGUUGACAAUCAAACCUAUCCAUUGAACAGAUCCGGUGAGUGCCCCUUGAUUUUUACAGGCUCUGCUCCCUCUGGACAGCACUAUCAAUACGUCAAAUUGAACGAUGAGAGCAGUGUCAUUGAGAAAGAAACAUUUAGCAGAUCAGCCGUGUCUGGCAAUGCCACAUUGAACGAGUUCUACAAUCGCACUUGGACCACCAUGGAUGUACCUACACUCCCGCAGGUUCUUGAGCCCAUCGAGUCUUUGGACAGGAGCGAUUCUGGAUUACAUGUCGAGGGCCAAAUCCCAACCAUCUACUUAUCUGCUCGCAAUUACAAAUUAAAGGCCUUGGAUAAUCUCUGUAGAAGUGAUCCAGUGUCCAUGGACAUGGUCUAUAUUACCCCUGAUCAAGUGAAGAAAUACAAAAAGGUGCAAGUCAGUGUCUCUGGAUCUACUCCCGAGUCGAGAUAUCUGCCUAAACCUUCCUUUAAACUGGAUGUCUCUCACAAAAAUCAGACACUGGGUUCUCACAAGUACCUUUUGUUGCGAUCACUGGCGUCUGAUCCUUCUUAUCUAAGGGAGCAUCUUGCUUCAGAUAUUGCUAGAGCAGCAGGACUCGCUGUACCCGGCUUCUCCUUUGUCCGUGUCUUUAUGAACGAUCAACCUUACGGUCUUUAUGGCUUAAUGGAAGAUUACAAAACCCAGUUCUUGCGAAAUGAGUUUGGUGGUGGCUCUGGUGUAUAUGAAAACGGCAUCCUCUAUUCUGGCGACUACAAUGCGACACUCGACUUUUUAGGGGAGGAUCAAUCCAAGUACAAUGAGAGCACAGAUGGCAGCGAGUUGUUUCCCAACAACCACUAUUCCAUUCAACAAACAGCUGAUAUCAGACACAGCCGCACUAGUUUCAGAAGCCUCAUUGCCUUCACACAAUUUCUCACAAAUGCCUCUGAUACCGUUGAUAAUGUGGAACCUGUUAUAGCCUGGAACAGAUAUCUUGAAACCUCCAGUUUCUUGAAAAGUGCUGCAUUAGAAGUUUUACUCGGUAAUACGAAUGGCUACAUUACAGCAGCAAGAAACUACUUUCUCUACAAUAACCCCAACGGAUCCCAUGUUACUUUUAUUCCUUCUACUAUGGAAAAUACCAUGGGCAACACAGCUGCUUUCAACGUGUCAGACUUGUGGAGUGGAAAUGUCAGCACAUAUCCUGGUUUCAAUAGCCAAAAUCGACCUCUGUUGGAUGGAUUUUUGCAAGUACCUGAUUUUGCACAGGAUUUCAAGGACAUUCUUAGUCAAAUCAUUCAAAACCUCACCAAUCCUGAGGUCAUUGGCAGGCGCAUAGAUGCACUCGUUAGUUUGGUCCAAGAAGAUGUUUACUGGGAUAGCUCUUUGCCUCGCCUCAAUCUCACUAAUGUAAAUGGAAGUAGCAUCAAUGCUGAAGUCCUGUUUGGUAAUGCAACUGACCUUACUGCUGUUCAGAAGGAUUUUACUGGUAGGAUCUUGAACAACACUGUAGCUUUUGAGGCAGCUGUGAAUGGCACCAUCUCUGAGCAGCACGAUUCUUUGGCCGGUAUUAAGGAAUGGUUCAGCAAACAAUAUGACGCUUUCACAGCAGCUGAUAGUCCUCCUACAGCUACAAUGUCUGUAGUAGAGCCUAUUGAGCCUACUGCUAUGCCUGUCACUGAGGCAGUUGCCGUCCAACAACCCAAUACCAACGAUGAUGACUUUCCAAGACAAACAUCUCCUGUUUCCUCAUCCUUGAAUGAUACCAUUGAUACAUCCUCAUUGCCGGACACUUUCACACGACAAACGUCCCCCGUAUCAUCUGAAGAGAAUAGCAUUAGAUCGGCAAGAGAAACAACUCCAAUCUCUUAA